ACACUGCCACUCGUAUCAGUCAUCACUGAAAGAGUUAAAGCCCGAAACCUCAAAAUCCCUAAUUCCCAAAUCCCAUCUUCCCCAUUUAGGGUUUUCCACUUUUUCUCCUUUCUAUCCCUCUUCACUGUCUACAUGGAUGCCGACGACGAAUCAUCCAAUCCCAUGAUCGACGAAAUCUACGCCAACGGCGGCUCCCCCGAAGGAGUUGGUGGAGAGAAGCGAAGCCGGCGUCUGAUCAUCAGCGGCGACCAGUUCGACAUCGAGGCAUACGCCAGCCUCUACUCCGGCCGCACUAAGAUCGCCCGCCUCCUCUUCAUCGCCGACCACUGCGGCGGCGACAACUCGGCGAUGCAGUUGGAGGCCCUCCGCAUGGCUUUCGAUGAGAUUAAGAAGGGAGAGAAUACGCAGCUCUUCAGGGAGGUUGUGAACAAAAUUGGUGGGAGAUUGGGACCCGAUUACACUAUGGAUGUCGCUUGGUGUGAGACCGUGGACCGUAGGGCUGAGCAGAAGAAGGAGAAGCUCGACAACGAGCUCAACGCUUAUAGGACGAACUUGAUUAAAGAAAGCAUAAGAAUGGGGUACAACGAUUUUGGAGACUUUUAUUAUGCGCAUGGUCAAUUGGGGGAAGCUUUUAAGAGUUAUGUUCGAACCAGAGAUUAUUGCACUACGUCAAAGCAUAUUAUUCAUAUGUGUAUGAGUGCUAUUUUGGUCAGCAUUGAAAUGGGUCAGUUUACUCAUGUUGCCAGCUAUGUUAGCAAGGCAGAACAGACACAUGAGGCCCUUGAUCAGAUUACAGCUGCAAAGCUGCGUUGUGCUGCAGGAUUGGCGAAUCUAGUGUCGAAGAAGUACAAGCUUGCAGCCCGAAAGUUUCUAGAAACGGCUCCAGAACUGGGGAGUCACUACAACGAAGUAAUUGCACCUCAAGAUGUUGCAACAUACGGAGGACUUUGUGCACUUGCAACAUUUGAUCGGACAGAGUUGAAGGCCAAAGUUAUAGACAAUAUCAACUUUAGGAAUUUCUUGGAGUUAGUGCCUGAAGUAAGGGAACUGAUAAAUGAUUUUUACUCAAGCCAUUAUGCAUCAUGCCUAGAGUACCUUGCGAACCUGAAAGCGAAUUUAUUGCUUGACAUACAUUUGCAUGACCACGUUGAAACACUGUAUGAUCAAAUCCGUCAUAAAGCUCUCAUUCAGUAUACACUCCCAUUUGUGUCUGUUGAUUUGCAAAUGAUGGCUAGUGCUUUCAAGACGACUAUUACUGGGCUCGAAAAAGAACUCGUGGCUUUGAUAACUGAUAAUCAGAUACAGGCUCGAGUUGAUUCACACAACAAAAUUUUGUAUGCAAGGCACGCAGAUCAAAGGAAUGCCACCUUUCAAAGGGUUCUUGAAACAGGAAGGGUAUUUGAUAGGGAUGUUAGGUCCAUGUUGCUGAGAACAAAUCUUAUCAAGUAUGACUAUAAUGCUAGAUCAUUAAGUAGGAAACUAUGAUUGUGAAUUGAUGGUAACAGAACCAUGGUUGUAUGCAGUGGUCAGUUAAUAAUGGACCAAGGGGUUGAAUUUAUAUUCAAGAAUAGUCAAACUUAGAUUUGUAUAUACUUCAUAUUUUUAAUUAGUUUAUCUCUAGAUCUUCAUUUUCAA